CAGAAAAAACUUUCCUCCGAUCCCGCGAAGAGUUUCGCAAUACAUGUCUAAAUGAAAACAACGUCGGACUGUGUUGUUACGGCCACGGAGAUGAAUCAGGCUGAGCCUCCCCCUCCAUCCUAUGAGUCCCUGGGGUAUGGCUACGGACAUCCCCCGCCCCCACCGGCAGGGACCAACGUGGUCUAUACCCAACAGCCGACCAACACCGCAGUCAUCUCGUUCCGUGACAAGCCCAUCGCUAUGACGUGUCAAUUCUGCCAGGCUUCUGUCACCACCAGCACCACAUACGAGGUGGGGGUAGCGACGUGGAUCGUGUGUUUCGUCAUCGCUUUCAUUGGGUUUUGGUGCGGGUGCUGCUUGAUUCCAUUUUGCAUGGAUGAUGCUAAAGACGUGUUCCACAACUGUCCAAACUGUGGACAAACCGUUGGGAAGUUUGCAAGAUUAUUCUAGAAACCUGUCUUCGUCUUUGAAGAAAGAUUAAAAUAUGUGACAGACAAAAGUAACAUUUUCAGUCAUUGAAAACUAGUUUUCAAUCAAUCUCUAUCAAAUAGAAAUGAUGGUGAUAAAAGAAAUUUAUUCACAGACUAACGAAGCUGAAACGCCAAGUGAACCUAGAGAGAAGUAGAUGUCAUGUAUUGUUUGAGGAUAAGCCGUUAAAUUAUUUGUUUCUAAGAAAUACAAGUAUAAAUAAAAAAGUUUCGAUGUAUUUUUUUUCCAGAAACAAUAUAAACAUGAAGGACAAUUUUGCAAUCACCAUUACAUGUACAUGUAGACAUCAGUAUGCUGAACGGCACGCCGUAAACCUUAAUACUUUAAGUCUUGAUACUUGUAAGUAGAGAAAAAAUGAAGCUGUUGUGUCUAUUUUUUGCCAAUAUCUUUUAUAUUUGAAUUCAUUUGUUAAAAUAAAGUUCGGUGAUGCUAACCUUAAA